CAACAGCUGAGUGAAUGCGUAGUAAAGUGACUUAUGCUUAUUUUCAUUCAACUGCGGUGUAAAGUCGCGAAAAGUGGGAGUUGCAAAAUAACAUUGAUAUCGAUUGAACAGCAUUACCAAGGUCUCUCGUGGCCUCACACUUAUACCUUUCUCGAGUUAUACCUGCGGAAAGUGACAAAAAUUUGCCGGCCGCGCUAUCGGGACAGGUCCGCCUUUGCAACAUGUACAAUUCCGUUUCCCUUCGCUCGCUCGCUCACGAAGGAUAACAAAAACCGAAACCGGUUAAAAGUGUAAAAUGUAGUGCUCUGGGGUGUGGUGCCAUAAUAUACGCGAAUGAAAGUGAAAAAGAAUCUUGCUGUACGACCGAUAUUAGAUAUCUAGGCGUUGUCUACUGGCUGAAUCUCAUCAGUUAACCAAUUAAUUAUUCCUCUAUUGACGACCAACUAACCGACUAGCAGAGUCGCAAGAUGGGCGAGGACAAUUACUUAAGGUUAGAUAACUGUGAAAUGCUCAAAGCUCUCUAUGACUUUAGUGCAACAUUUGCAAAAACAUUAAGCUUUGAGGAAAAUGACCAUUUUGUACUUUAUCAAAGUCAUACAAAACAAAGGAAUUGGUGGCAAGUAGUGAAUAAUAAAGGCCAAGUAGGCUACAUACCGUCUAACUAUGUAACUACAAUAAAAGUACAUCCACAAUUUAUAAUAAAUUUUUUGGAUGAGGCUAUAGAAAGUUUGCGUUCAAACAGUGAAAAACCUAGCGUUUCUCCAAAUAUUGAUAAGCAAGAUUUAUUACUACGUUUAGUUGAGAAAAAAAGACAAGCAGAGGUUGGCAAAAAAACUAAGAAGCAAGCUCCGCUGCCACCUGAUUUUGGUAGUAUAACACCAGUGAAGGCACCGCCUACUACUUUUAAUAAUAUAGAACAAAAUCAAGCAUUACCUACUACUUAUACUAAUGCUGAAAAUUUACAUCAUGACCAGCGCAAGCAAUCACAAUCUGACAGCAAGCUUAAGGACCAACGUAGAAGCUCAGAGUCUAGUCAAAAGAAAGAAAUUUACAAAAUUUCUUCAGAGAAUAGUGUUAAAAAGUCACCAAGUCAAUCGCCAGAGAAAAGUAGAUCUUCCAGUUUGACAGAAAUAAAUCCAAGAACAGCUUAUUUACUUUUAGAUCAAGUACGCCACAGCACCAAUCUUAGCUAUGAAAUGUCAAAAGUUGCAGUAACUGUUGUACUUACUGGUCUUCAAGAAAUAUUACCCUCCAACUUAAGUCAUUAUUUUGAUAUAAUUUUAUCUCAGAUGCAAGUGCCAUUAAAUUUAACUAAAUUGAACAUUGAUGAAACCUAUGAUGCUAAUAGAUUGAAAAUUAUUUUCACUGAAUUAACUUCUUGCAAAGAAGAUUCACAGCAAAGAAGUUGGAUGCUUUAUGAAGAUGAACCAACUAUUUGUGAAUACAUCAAAGAGCUUACAUCCAUACUGACUAAUGCAGAUGCUAAUGUGUCAAGGCACAUACUCAAGCAAGAUCAAUACCAAGGAGUUUCUACACUCAUUGAGUACUACCAAAUGGAAACAAGAUGGACUAUAAGACAGUUGUUGUUGCAAUCAUUUGGUGUUAUGUGUAGCUUGGAUGCUGUGGUAGUAACAGUCAUGUUGGAAAGUAUUCUUCCGAUGGAGCUUGCAAGAGACAUGAAAACCAACUCAAGAAAUGUUGCAAAAUUGAACUAUUCAUCUUUACUUUUGACUAUGAUUUUUUCUAUGAGUGAACCCAUACCAAUCACACAUUUUGAACAACUAGGUGCUGAAUUUAUAUCAUUCCUGUUGGAUUUGAUUGAAAAUCCGCCAGAUACCGAUUUGGACGAUCAAAUACCAGACUUGUUUGUCAAUUUAAUACUUUCAUACAACUUACAGUUUCGUGAUUCAGAAAAUGUCGUAAUGGAAGCCCUCAAACAACGAUCUGUUGCAAAAACUUUUACUGAAAAAAUUUUAUUCCUGCUGAAUAGAGAAAUUGAUCCAGUAAGAAUAUUUGAUCAUGAGCCUGCGCCUCCAGAUUCCAUCCUGAAGCUUUUUAUUGAUUUAUUUGAAACUGAUGAAACAGCCUCUCUUUUUUACACAAACGAUAUUAAAGUUUUAGUUGAUAUUAUAUUACGCCAACUUUUUGACAUAUCACCUGGAGAGAAAAGGAGACAAUAUUUAGAACUUUGUCGUAGAGUAUUAAAAACUGCUAGUUAUGACGAACAUCAGCAUCGCUGUGACGAUGUUUUAAAAUGUUUUACACGAAUUUUCUGCGAGGAAGGACCUGAAAGUCAAGAGGAUCAGAAUCUCGUGCGAGAAAUCAGUAAUGAAUUUUCGCAUUUAUUUAAGAAAUGACCUUCGAGCUUGCCAUCUUUGAAGGACAAAAGUACCGAAGAAGGCGAUGAAGUAUAAAAUUUUGAUUAUGUGGACAAUCCUUAACAAUAUUAUACGAACAUUGUAUUGCACAAAAAUUGGUGAAAAUGACACACGCACACGUUUGCGACCAGUUCCAAAGAAAGUUUACUGAAAUUAUUCCCAAAAAAAGUAAUCUUGAAUGUUCCUCCUUUGCGUGUAUAGAUAAAUAAUAUGAAAAUGUAACAAACAAUGCUACACGGUACUUUUCAAGCAAAAAGUAGAUUCUGUGUCACAAUAAAACCAAAAUUAAUGAUAGAUAAACUUUAUCCUUCAAUGACGUGAUGGCUGUAAAUAUAAUAUUAAAAUAAAAUUACAGAAUCUCAAUCCAUUCCAAAUUAGAGGACCAGAAAGAUUUUCAAGUUUGCUGAAAUUAAUAAUGUGAUUCUGGGCAAAUAAAUUCUCUUAUUGCUCGUAAAUAUAAUCGAUAUAGACACUUUAAAGUUCAAAACGGUCAUGAUUCUGUGAUAUCGUCAUACAUUCUCAUUUCACUCUUUCUUCUAUUCAAUAAUAUUUACAGAUGUUAAUUAUUUCUAACGUCCGUCUAGAAGUAAUAAUUAUAUUUUUAUAUAGAAAGACGCUAAUUGCUUAUUCUGAAGUAAUUAAAUGCUUUUUCAUACGUUUGCUUUCGAGGGAAGCUUUGAUAAAUUUUUAAAUAUUCUCUGUUGAAAACUUUAAAGUGGCUUAAUCUAUUGCUACAUGCAUUAAUUCAAUCAAUAUUCAGUCUAGUCUUCGAUUCUCUCUGUAGUGCAGAGACUUUAUGCUUGCAUAGUAUUAUUAUAUAUACUUUACACGUAUGAAACGUUAAAUACGUUAUGUUUGCGACUAUUGUCACUUGCAAUAAAUUCUUAAAUUGUGAUUUUAAUUCAAAGUUAAGCAAAUAAAGA